AUGGCCGAUAUCGAUGUCAAGCUCGCUCAAUGGAAGCUCGUUGAAGUUGGACGUGUGGUCCUGAUCCGCCGCGGUCCCUUCACUGGAAAGCUGGCCACCAUUGUCGAAAUUGUCGACCACAAGCGUGUCCUGGUCGACGGUCCUUCCACCGAGGAGGCCAAGAUUGUCCCUCGCCACGUCCUCCCUCUCUCCCACGCUACUCUCACCCACUUCGUUAUCCCCAAGCUCCCCCGUGCCGCCGGAACCGGCCCCGUGAAGAAGCUCUGGGCUCAGAACGAGAUCGAUGGCAAGUGGGCUAAGAGCACCAUCUCGCAGAAGACCGAGAGCAACAACCGACGGAAGAACCUGACCGACUUCGAGCGCUUCAAGGUUCUGAGACUCAGGAAGCAGGCUCGCUUUGAGGUCCAGAAGGCUCACGCUAAGAUCCGCGCGGCUGCUCCUAAGGCAUAG